UGAUGAAAGUGUUUUGCGCGCCAAAACACUGAAACGCACCGACUUUCAGUGGAUCAAGAUUUGGCCGGAGAGAAGAGAGAUAUGGAAGUAUGCAGCCUACCGUUAUCAGCGACGCAGAGAGGGAAACUCAUAUCAGCAGGCUAUACUUCUCUCUCUUCCCUUUCUUCUGCCUCCGCUUCAGAUCUCGCUCGUGAUCUGAAAAUUUCAGAUGGCGAAGCUCUUGAAAUUCUGCAUGUUGCAUCACGCAGUAGUAGGUCCGACAAUGCAGAAGGAAGCCAUGCUAUUAUCAAUGGUGCACAGAAUGCCUGGGACAUGCUUCAUGAGGAGUCGUCUUUGACACGCAUUACCACAUCUUCUGCAGAUCUAGAUAACAUUCUUGGAGGAGGAAUAUCUUGUAAAGAAGUGACUGAAAUUGGUGGAGUACCAGGCAUUGGUAAAACACAGCUGGGGAUUCAACUUGCAGUAAAUGUUCAAAUUCCACCACAUUGUGGUGGCCUUGGAGGAAGGGCUAUUUAUAUAGAUACAGAAGGAAGUUUUAUGGUGGAGCGUGCUCUACAGGUUGCUGAAGCAUGCAUAGAGGACAUGUCAGAAUAUAGUAGGUUUUUACGCAAAGAUUUGCAGACAUUUCAAGUGGGACUGCAAAGCAAAGAUAUCCUGGAGAAUAUAUACUAUUUCCGUGUCUGCAGUUAUACAGAGCAAAUUGCUCUGGUUAAUUACUUGGACAAAUUCAUUACAGAGCAUAGAGAUGUUAAAAUUGUUAUAAUUGAUAGCAUUACUUUCCACUUCCGCCAAGAUUUUGAUGACUUAGCCCUCAGAACACGGGUACUCAGUGGAAUGGCAUUAAAGUUGAUGAAGGUUGCAAAAAAUUUCAGCCUAGCGGUAGUUUUAUUGAAUCAGGUAACAACCAAGCACACAGAAGGCUCCUUCCAAUUAGGUCUUGCACUAGGUGAUAGUUGGUCACAUUCUUGCACAAAUCGCGUAAUUUUGUACUGGAAUGGCAAUGAGCGAUGUGCAUACAUCGACAAGUCACCUUCCCUUAGAUCAGCAUCGGCACCAUACUCUGUGACCAGUAGAGGGAUCCGGAAUUCUACUUCAAACUAUAAACGUGUAAAAAUGAUGUGAAGGUAUGAUUGUGGUGACAAUAGCUAGGGGGAGAAAAGGUAACGGAUUGCUCCAGUAUACCCCCAUGCUACUGUUUUUUUUUUUUUUUUUUCACUAUGUUAUUUAGAAUUUCUUUGAUUUUAUAUGUUCUUUAAACUCUUUCUGUAUAUGUGGAUCCAAUAAUGUGCGUUCUUGCAGCUCGAAUAUUAUGUGUUCCCCCAUAGCUCUUUCCUCUCUCAAAACAUGUUUGUUGUGCUGUUUGUUCUA